CCGGCCAGCCCCUGAGCUGCGACUGCUCCUGCUGCUCGGCUAACGGGCUGCGACCCAGCGAGCUGCGCGUCCGCGAUCCGUGCGUCCGUCCGCCUCCAGGGCCUCCGCCGCGCGUGGUAUCCGCUGCAGAACCUGAGACCAUGGCCAAACCAGCACAGGGUGCCAAGUACCGGGGCUCCGUGCACGACUUCCCGGACUUCGACCCCAACCAGGAUGCCGAAGCUCUGUACACCGCCAUGAAAGGCAUCGGCAGUGACAAGGAGGCCAUCCUGGAGCUGAUCACCUCCCGAAGCAACAGGCAGAGGCAGGAGAUCUGCCAGAGCUAUAAGUCGCUCUAUGGCAAGGACCUCAUUGCCGACUUGAAGUAUGAACUGACAGGGAAGUUCGAGCGGCUCAUCGUGGGCCUGAUGAGACCACUUGCCUAUUGUGAUGCCAAAGAAAUUAAAGACGCUGUCUCGGGCAUCGGCACAGAUGAGAAGUGCCUCAUUGAGAUCUUGGCAUCCCGGACAAAUGAGCAGAUCCAUCAGCUGGUGGCAGCCUACAAGGAUGCCUAUGAGCGGGACCUGGAGUCUGACAUCAUUGGCGACACCUCUGGCCAUUUCCAGAAAAUGCUCGUGGUCCUGCUGCAGGGCACCAGGGAGGAGGACGACGUGGUGAGUGAGGACUUGGUACAGCAGGAUGUGCAGGACCUGUACGAGGCAGGGGAACUGAAAUGGGGAACAGAUGAAGCGCAGUUCAUUUACAUCUUGGGAAACCGCAGCAAGCAGCAUCUUCGCCUCGUGUUUGAUGAGUACCUCAAGACCACAGGGAAGCCGAUUGAGGCUAGCAUCCGAGGCGAGCUCUCCGGGGACUUUGAGAAGCUGAUGCUGGCGGUGGUAAAAUGUGUCCGCAGCACCCCGGAGUAUUUUGCCGAAAGGCUCUUCAAGGCCAUGAAGGGCCUGGGGACUCGAGACAACACCCUAAUCCGCAUCAUGGUCACCCGCAGUGAGUUGGACAUGCUGGACAUCCGGGAGAUCUUCCGUACCAAGUAUGAGAAAUCUCUGUACAGCAUGAUCAAGAACGACACCUCUGGCGAGUACAAGAAGGCACUACUGAAGCUGUGUGGUGGAGACGAUGAUGCUGCUGGCCAGUUUUUCCCGGAGGCUGCGCAGGUGGCCUAUCAGAUGUGGGAACUUAGUGCAGUGGCCCGAGUAGAGCUGAAGGGAACCGUGUGCCCUGCUGGGGACUUCAACCCUGACGCCGAUGCCAAGGCACUGCGGAAAGCCAUGAAGGGGCUCGGUACCGAUGAAGACACUAUCAUCGACAUCAUCACCCAUCGCAGCAACGCGCAGCGGCAGCAGAUCCGCCAGACCUUCAAGUCUCACUUUGGCCGGGACUUGAUGGCUGACCUGAAGUCGGAGAUCUCUGGAGAUCUCGCCAGGCUGAUCCUGGGACUUAUGAUGCCCCCAGCCCAUUAUGAUGCCAAGCAGCUGAAGAAAGCCAUGGAGGGAGCCGGCACGGAUGAAAAGGCUCUCAUCGAAAUCCUGGCCACUCGGACCAACGCCGAAAUCCACGCCAUCAAUGAGGCCUACAAAGAGGACUAUCACAAGUCCCUGGAGGAUGCUCUGAGCUCUGACACAUCCGGCCACUUCAGGAGGAUACUUAUUUCCCUGGCCACGGGGAACCGUGAGGAAGGAGGCGAAAACCGGGACCAGGCCCGGGAAGAUGCCCAGGUGGCUGCUGAGAUCUUGGAGAUAGCCGACACACCCAGCGGAGACAAAACUUCCUUAGAGACUCGCUUCAUGACGAUCCUGUGUACGAGGAGCUACCCACAUCUCCGGAGAGUGUUCCAGGAGUUUGUGAAGAUGACCAACUAUGACGUGGAGCAUGUCAUCAAGAAGGAGAUGUCCGGUGAUGUCCGGGAUGCCUUCGUGGCCAUCGUUCAAAGUGUCAAGAACAAGCCUCUCUUCUUCGCUGACAAACUUUACAAAGCCAUGAAGGGCGCCGGCACUGAUGAGAAGACCCUCACCAGGAUCAUGGUCUCCCGGAGCGAGAUUGACCUGCUCAACAUCCGCUGGGAGUUCAUUGAGAAGUACGACAAGUCUCUCCACCAAGCCAUUGAGAGUGAAACCUCCGGAGACUUCCUGAAGGCCUUGCUGGCUGUCUGCGGUGGAGAGGACUAGACACUGGCGGAGGCGGGCCCCUCUGCCAAGCAGCGGGCAGCGGUACCAGCCACCAUGACCAAGCUGUUGUUCCAGCUCCAGAAACCAAGGGAAGGGUGGGAUGGGUGCAGGGCUGGGGUUGGGUUCUUGUCUUUUCCUGGGGCUGGGGAAAGCUUUCCACCUGCACGGGCCAUGGAGCACCCAGCACAGUUCCACUGAUCCCGGCCUGCGGCUGGGGAGCCGUGGCUCCACACCCCAUCAUUCAUCCACUUCUGCCUCCGUAGUCCUUUUCAGCUUCCGUCCCUGGCCACAGUCUCUGCCCCAGUUUGGGUUUUUUCACAGAAAGAUUUUGGAAUCUGUAAGUUGAGUGACAUGUGCACUGAGUGGUGGGGCAUGGUGGCAGGUACUCAUGGACUGACUGCUCUGGCUGCGGGGAAGAGGAGGGCAAGAAUUGGGGCACAUUGACAAUCUGCCCCAACUGUCUCCUCCUGGGCCAAAAAGAGGCAGGAGGCGUGGAUACUACCCAUGUCUGCUACACAUUCAGCUUUCUGACCUUGGCCGAUCCUCUUUGCCUCCCAGAAUCUCCAUUCUAAGUUGGAAAAACAAA